AUGGAAGAAUUAGACAUGGACCUCAAAAUCCCUGAACCAUUACGAGCCGACUGGUUCAUGGCUCUAGUCAACAUCCAAGCCGACCUCAUCUACAACGCACUCGUAGUCUUAACCUCACCUCUCUUUCUCCUCUACCGCUCGUACCGCCGCGCAACGGAUACUAUCUCAACGGCGGAAAAAGCGGUUAAACGAGCUCCAUCGCGGAUAAAGGGUGGUGCUGGUCGGGUGGUAAGGAGGACAUGGUUUGGGAUAAUGGGUGCAUGCCACGUGUCAAUGGUGAUGGUGUUGGCGAUGAUCAUAGCGGCUGUUGUCGGUGUUGGGCUUGUGAAUUUGUAUGUAGAAAAGCCUGUGGUUGUGAGAGAGAGAUUGUUCUUCGAUUACACUGAAGAUAACCCAAGUGCGGUUUUUAGCUUCGACAAGAGGAAAAGACCGUUUGGUGUUCCCGUUGGCCAUAAGGCUCAUGUCUCUUUAGUUCUUUGGAUGCCUGAAUCUGAUUUUAAUCGAAGACUUGGUUUAUUUCAGUUGAAGGUAGAGCUUCUAUCGUUGAAAGGCGAAACGAUUGCAAGAUCGAGCCAACCUUGUAUGUUACGUUUCAGAAGCAAACCAAUAAGACUUGCGAGAACAUUUGUGAUGAGUGUUCCACUUAUAGCCGGAAUCGCAAACGAAGCACAAACAAUGACAAUCGAUGCAUUAAUGCACCAAGAGAAAUGGCCAAGAACAAAAGCCGUGAGAGCUACUCUGAUGCCGCGUGCGCAAACUCGGUUAUUGCCUCAGCUUUAUGAAGCCGAGGUCGUUAUAACCUCGAAACCGCCAUGGACUAAACGAAUGGCUUAUAAUUGGAAAUGGACUAUUUGCGUUUGGACUUCUAUGUGCCUAUACGUUCCUACUCUAAUCACGCUGCUAUGGUGUUUUAGAUCAAUUUUGUUCCCUUAUAGUACUUCAAGAACCGUAAUGGAGAGCGAAAACUUAGAGAUCGAAGCAGUAGAAGAAGAAGUAAUCGAAAGAAGAUUGAGGGAAAGAAGAAACAAGCCUCGUCGAAGAACUUUCACUACGACACAACAAACUUAUACAUAG